AUGGAUGGUGGCAAGAGGUCUUUGACCAAACCUUACGAACAUACGAAUCCAUUUGAGGAUCCUAAGGAAUCUUCAACCAAGCCACCGACGACUCCAAAGAAACCUUUAAUUCUACCGAAGUUAAACAUCUUUCCUCCAGGAGGGGAUGAAGAUGGUAAUUCACAAGAUGUUGGAUCCUCGGCCCAAUUUGAAUCUCAGACAGAACCUAAGAAAGAAUCAAGAAUAGCUAAGAUAUUCAGAACAAAGGUGACCGAUACCAAAGACAAGACGCGACCUCAGCUAUCAGUACGAACCGCAUCUUUUUCUAAGUCUGACAGGUCAUCAUCGGAUGAUAAUGUGUCACCGUCUGUUAGAUCGAUGAUUACUGAUUUUUCAAACCAAUUAAGUAGUAUCAAACUACGAAACCCAGAAGGUAGCAAGAGCGCCAACCGACGCCUUUCAGAAACUAGCAAUACUACAGAUAUGGCACCAAGGUCCGCAAAAGUCUUAUCUUUUAUUGAUGCUGAGGAUAUGGAUGAAUUUCAAGAUUUACAGAACGAAUUUCGAAGUGCCAUCGACGACAAAGGUCGCACAUGGCUUCCGCAACCGCCAAAUGAUAGAAGCUCAAAACGUUCUGUUGAUGGUCCAGAAGAUAUAUUAGAUGAUGUUCAUAUAUUUGAUGAAAUAUCUACCAAAUAUGAGAAUGAUGAUGCCCAUAUAACGCCAACUAAUGAAGCGAACCAAGUGUCACUGGCUGACACGAACACAAACACUUUCCUUGAACUAGAAUCAAAGGAGUUUGGAAAUAAACAGUCUGAUGUUAAUGUCUCAACAAUACCGGUUACAAUUCCUGAACUAGAACAAAUAGGCAGUAAACCUCAUACUAGGCCCCUAAAUUUAUAUGGGAACUCCCUUGGUAUUAUAGGACCUAACAAUCGAAUACGGAUGAAAUUGGCCCUAAUACAUCAACAUCCAAGAUAUAGGUUCAUUUAUAUGGUUUUACUUUCCUUCUUCACUGGCCUACUUGCAUACAGAACAUACGAUCCACAUGAUAUACAAUUUCUUUAUAGGUUUUCAAACUGGUCGGACUAUGUUACUUUUAUUCUUUUCCUUUUUUUUACUAUAAAUGACUUGACAAAAAUUAUUGCAUUUGGAUUUUGGGAUGAUUCACAAAUGUUCAAAGCCUUUGGGAAGGAUUACCUACCUUUAGUGGAACGAUUUGGGAUUUCUAAGUUAUACAAGCAUUUGAGGGCUAAAUAUGGCUCUGCUAUUAUAGAUUUUUUUAUACCAUUCAAGCUACUGGAUGAUGAGAAUCAGAAGAAAAAUGAUAGACGUGCCCUUAGAAGCUCGGUAUCUACAAAUGAUCUCAGGAAACGUAAAGACGCUUUUGAUUGUCCAAGAGCUUUUGCUCGCUCAUCGUGGAACAGAAUAGAUUUAACAUCUUCAUUUUGUUUUUGGUUAGGAUUAUUUUUUUCCAUUAGAGACUUUGACUCAAGAGUUGGAAUUAGGAUCUUUAAACCUCUGGCUGCUUUUAGAAUCCUUAGAUUAGUUAAUACCGAUACUGGUAUAUCAUCUAUUCUAAGAGGGUUAAAACAAGGUGUACCACAAUUAAUCAAUAUUGGUUCGAUGAUGGUGUAUUUCUGGGUUUUUUUUGGAAUCCUAGGGGUACAAACGUUCCAGGGUUCAUUAAGAAGACAAUGUGUGUGGGUUAACCCUGAUGAUCCUACUGAUACAUAUCAAUAUGAUAUGCAAUUCUGCGGUGGGCAUUUGGAACCUGUCACAAAGGUACGAAUGAAUUAUAUUUUUGAAGAUGGCUCAGAAGGUCCAGUUUCGAAGGGAUUUUUGUGCCCACCAUACUCGAAAUGUAUUUCCAACGCCAAUCCCUAUAAUGGAAGAGUAAGUUUUGAUAAUAUUGUAAAUUCUAUGGAACUGAUUUUCGUUAUCAUGAGUGCAAAUACCUUUACCGAUAUCAUGUACUACACCAUGAAUUCUGAUGAAAUGGCGGCAUGCCUAUUUUUCAUCUUGUCUAUUUUUGUUCUGACUAUUUGGAUGAUGAAUCUGCUAAUUGCUGUUCUAGUUUCUUCGUAUGAAUUGGCUAAUGAAGAAUUUAAGAAGAAAAGAUUGGAGAUACAUUCAAAUGAAAGUUUUCCUAUUAGAUUUGUAAAGGGCUAUUGGAAAUAUUUUCAAGUAAAAGCGGCUCAGACAGAGUUUCCCACAUGGGCGUCUCAAGGUCUAUAUUUUUAUGGAAAGGUUGAGUGGAUUUUUGUGGCUCUGAUUCAAAUUGAUUUAAUAAUGAGAUCUUUAGUAGAUACCAACACAACAGAUUCUUAUAUUCAAACUUUACUAAGGACUGAUAAGGCGGUAUCCAUCAUCCUAUUUCUGGAGUCACUAUUUAGGCUUAUUUUCCAUAUACCAAAUAUGUGGAAGUUUUUGACUCGGAUAGCGUACUUGUACGAUUUUGUUAUUUCAAUAAUCAGCCUGAUUGUUAGCUGUUUAGCGGUUAAUGGCACAUUAGGUCACGCAUAUUACUGGCUCUCUAUCUUUCAGAUAUCGAGAUUUUAUAGAGUGGUUACAUCUAUAAGAUUUAUCCGCAAGUUAUGGAUGCUGGUAUUAAAGAAUGGGGUUAUGAUCUGGAAUCUAGCCUCUUUUUAUUUCUUUUUCACGUUCCUCUCUGCUAUUAUAAUGGCCCUUUAUUUUGAAGGGGUGAUACCUCCUGAUGAAAUGUCGGAUCAAGGCUUAGGUAUGUUUUCUUUGCCAAACUCAUUCCUCUCUUUAUUUGUGAUUGGAUCUACCGAAAAUUGGACUGAUAUAUUAUAUGCCCUACAGCAAUAUUCACCAAACAUAUCGUCAGCUUUUUUUUGUUCUGUUCUACUUAUCAUGUGGUUUGUUCUCUCUAAUUCCGUUAUUUUGAACAUCUUUAUUGCCUUAAUUUCACAGAGUUUGGAAGUAAACGAAGAAGAAAAAAGACCACUACAAAUUAAGCAUUAUUUGAAAUACGUCUAUCCACAAAAAAUUCAAGAAUAUACACAUGCAACUUUAAUAACGAGAAUAAGGAAAGCCCUAUUUAAAAACCGCUCACAGGAAGAUUCUAGGGACUUUAAACAAUUUUUGAUUAGAGGAACUGCCAUUAUGAAUAUUUCUCAGAAUAUGGGUGAUCUUGCAAAGGAAUUUACAGACGACCAAAAGCAAGAGGAACCCUCUAAGCCUUUAGAAUGGUGUCGGAAGAUUCUUGCCCGUAUUCCAUUCAAGAAAAUAACACUGUAUGGUAAUAAUCCAUUUUAUACUAAGCCGGAGGUUAUAUUUACAGAGACGAAUGAUACCAAUGGAAAAACAUAUGUUCUUCAGUUGAACGAACAUGAGGAUGAGAAAUUGGAAUAUUUGCGCAAGCACCCAGCUUUCAAUUAUUCAUAUUUCAUCUUUCCUCCAAAUCAUCGAAUAAGGAAAUUUUGUCAAAGAUUGGUUCCUUCAAGUUCUGGAAAAAGAACUGACGGUUUGAGAUUUUAUGAGGAUGAAACAGAUCUAUAUACUAAAAGAAGGUAUUUUCACCAUGUCGAGAGAGAUAUCUUUGUUUUCAUAUAUGCUAUCAUGACAGCGCUACUAAUUGUUUGUUCAUGCUUAGUUACUCCUCUUUAUCGAAUGAACCAUAAUAUGGAAACAUGGAACUGGAACACUUAUGUUGAUUGUGCUUUUGUUGGGUUAUUUACACUGGAGUUUAUUGUGAAAACUAUAGCCGAUGGAUGGAUAUAUGCACCAAAUGCAUAUACACGAAAUCCCUGGAAUCACAUUGAUUUCAUUGUUCUUAUUUCAUUAUGGAUAAAUUUAAUUGCAUACUUGAGAAACAAUGGGAAUCUAUCUCGUAUAUUCAAGGGAUUAACAGCAUUGAGAGCCCUUAGAUGUUUAACUAUCAGCACAACCGCUAGACAAACAUUCACGUUAAUAAUGUUUGACGGUGUGAAAAAGAUAGGUGAGGCAGGGUUGAUCUCCUUUAGUCUAUUAUUUCCUUUCUGUGUGUGGGGUAUAAACAUAUUUAGGGGAAGACUUGGAGUUUGUAAUGACACGUCCCUGGACCGAGCUUCUUGCUUUAAUGAGUACACAAAUGAAGUUUUUCAGUGGGAUAUAAUGAUGCCUCGUGUCUAUCAAGUCCCCCAUUUACGUUUGGAUUCGUUCCCUAGCGGGUUUAGAUCCCUUUAUGAAAUCAUUUCACUAGAAGGAUGGGUAGAUCUUUUGAUAAAUAUUAUGAAUAGUACCGGCGUGGGAACUGUAACAUCCACUUUCGCUUCCGCUAGCAGUGCUACAUUUUUAGUCCUCUUCAAUUUCCUUAGUAUGGUCUUCAUUCUAAAUUUGUUUGUUUCUUUCAUCAUAAGUAAUCAUGCAAGGACAACAGGACAGGCUUACUUUACGAUUGAGGAAAAAUCUUGGUUGGAGUCUCUGAAAUUGCUUGGACAAACUAAACCAAAGGCAAUCCCUAAUCUGAUUGACUACCCAAAACUUCGAAGAAUUUGCUAUCAGUUUGCUGUAGAAAAGAAGAAUUUUUACUACGCAACUUUCCUCCAAAUUAUCCUUUACGUUCAUAUUAUAAUGUUGCUUACGAGGGCGUACACUAAAACAGAUCAAAGAUAUGAUGAGAUUUACUACAUGAUUUCUACCUCUGUAUUUUUUACCCAGGAACUGCUAUAUCUCUAUGGUGAGGGCAUGUCUCUCUACAUAAAAGAAAAAUGGAAUAUUUUAAGAAUGUUCAUUGUAUGUGUGGCCUUUAUCUUGACGAUAAUUAGCUUCAAGGUUUCAUCUAUAUGGAUUUGGUUUCAUAACAUGAAGGAAUUUUUCCAUUUGGUAUUCUUCCUUUUUAUUAUUCCACAGAAUGAUAUGUUAAGCGAAUUAAUCGAGACUGCAAUGGCUAGUCUGCCACCAAUUGUGUCUUUAACAUACACUUGGGCAAUUCUAUUUCUUGUAUACGCAAUUGCACUUAAUCAAAUCUUUGGUCUAACAAGAUUAGGCCCAAAUACUACGAAUAACUUGAAUUUUCGGACUGUUAUUAAAACAUUGAUCGUUCUUUUCAGAUGUAGUUUUGGUGAAGGAUGGAAUUACAUAAUGGAUGACCUAGAUGUGGAUGCACCAUAUUGUUUUUAUGGUUCAUCGUAUAGCGACUGUGGGUCCAGUUAUUAUGCGUAUGGUUUGUUAAUGUCAUGGAAUGUCUUGUCCAUGUACAUAUUCAUGAAUAUGUUCAUAACGUUGGUCAUUGGUAAUUUCAGUUACGUGUAUAGAAAAGGUGGAUCAAAGUCGGCUAUCAGCAGGCCAGAGAUAAGAAAGUAUACAGAGGCGUGGGCCAAGUAUGAUUCAGAUGGUACUGGUGAGUUGGAGUUCAGCUAUUUACCUAAAUUGAUGCAUUCGUUUGAUGGUCCAUUUUCAUUUAAAAUAUGGGAAGGUAGAUUGACGGUCAAAAAUUUGGUAGCCAAUUACAUGCAAGUCAACCCAGAAGACCCAUAUGAUGUCAAAGUUGAUCUACGAGGUCUUAAUAAAGAAUUAAAUUCCAUUAAUAAAGCUAAGGUUAUUCAAAGAAGAUUGCAAUACAGGAGAUUUGUGCAAGAGGUUUAUUAUACUAAUGCCUAUCGUGGGGCUAUUAAGUUUUCGAAUCUGUUACAGCAAAUUCCCUUAUACACCACUUACAAUCCCAGAGACUGUUUGGGAAUUGACCAAUAUGUGCGCUAUUUAUAUACCAUGGGAAAGGUUGAUAAAUUUUUGGAUAAUCAGAGAAAUGUUGACGUUUUGGAUAUGGUUGUGACGAGAUGGAAAUACUAUUUCAGAAAGAAAACGGGAAACAAGGACAAUAUUGAUGUCCAGAGAAAGACCCCAACUGACCAGAUUUCAGAGAUGGGCUAUAUGAUGCAUUCUAAAGAUGUAACCCCUAGCGCUAGACCUUUAACGACACCCAGAAUGGAUUAUGGGAUUAACAAUUUCCUAUGGUCUCCCAGCCAAGAUCAAGGUAGCGAAAAUGAUAUACCGUUGAAUCCGUUUACUGAUGAUGAUAAACACAGGAACAAUGAAUAA